GUUUAUUCGUUUUCUUAUAGUCUCAUCAUGAACAUGAGCAUAGUACCUACAGUACCAUGUAUUUAUCUUGUGCUCUCCCUCUGGAACUGCACAUUUUUGAGCAUUCCAGUGCCAAACCGGAGUUAUAAAAUUAUUCCACAUGUACCUACGCAACUUUAUUAAUUUUGAAAAAUGAAGGGCUGCAACUGCUCAGUAGACUAUUACUUACUGCUACCCCAAGAUCUACAGUCGAUUGAUUUGUUAAAUUAACAGCUAUAGAAUAAUUCAUAAUGCAAAGCUAGUCCAAGAAAGAGGAAAUCCACAAAAAAGAACGUAUAGCCAGAAAAAAUGCCCUUUGAAGCAAAAAUAAUUAUGUCCUAGAUGCCAGAAGCUAUCUUUUUAUGGUCCUUUCCCGGAAUAAAUUUGUAUUUGCCGAGAGAAAGAUGGAGAGUUCCUCAAAAAAAUCAAAGAGGAACGCCGUUUUGAAGAUUUUCCAUACAAACACAUCAGUUGUAAAAAACACUCUAAAGCAUGGUUAUGGAUGCUUGUAAAAAGGAAUUCCCAUAUUUUUACCCAACUACGUAGAUAAAUGAUUUGAGGAACCGUUUUGGCCACAUUCAGAGUAUUUUUGAGGUAUUCAACGAAGAUAACCAUUCCUCCCCAUUCAGUCUUUUAGAUACCAAGCUAUAUGAAAUGAAAAUAUUUUAGCAAAGUGAAGGAUUCAACGUAGACUUUGGUGGAGAUGAAGAGAUACAGAAAAGUAUGUAGCUGUAGUCUUUGAUCAAAGGAUGCGGUGUUAGUUCAUAGUUGUAAAUAUUACGAGAAUGUGUUACUCAUAUAGGUACCGAUUCAAAUAAAAUAUAAUAUUACAUAUGUAAAAACUCUUCGGGAAAACUAUGGAAAAUGCACUUACACCAGGUGAAAUAAAAAGCGUGCUAAACAUAAUAAAUACGUGGACGAAUAAUUCUUCGUCAGCAUAUUUGUUGACGCCUCGACGACAAUUAGGUAUCAUAUUGUUCAAUGUUCAUCAACACUAAUGCAAUUAAAUUACCUAAGUAAGACUUAUCAACGGCGACAUUAUUCCAAUUAGUUUAGAGCGAGGAAAUACCGAAUACGUACUACGUGAUUAUUUAGAAAAAAUGUCAUUUUAUAAUGGCAUAAUGCAUAAUAGGUGUAGGCAAGAGCUGUUGCAAAUUGUAGAUCAUUACCUGUAUGGAAUCUCGGAACGUGCACCGCGUUGCGUUAACUUUAUUUGUGCAAGCUUUAAUUCUGUCUGAAUAAUUUUGUACUUUCUGUUCGUGAUACCCACCAGUUGAAAAUGUCGAGAAUUUCGAAAGAAAAUUUUGGUUGUUUCGAAUGUUCCUUAAGAACUGACACCUUGGCCACUUUUAUUAUCAGUUUGGUUGUUAGUGAACUUCCAGAUUAUCUUGUAUCUCAUGGCUAUCGUAAAUAUCCUGAAUAUUAUCAAAGGUUGUAUGAUUCAAUUCCCGAAGUCGUGUUCAUUGCGUGGUCAAGUUCUGUAAUCGGUGCUCUCUGUGGUGCAAUAAAGAAUCAACCCCUAUUGCUGAUACCUUACGUAGUCGUGAAGCUGCUUGAUAUGGUGUUUUCGAUAAUCCAAACGUUCGCAGUAGAAUCGCAUCAAUCAGUUGUUGCAGUAGACAUACGCCCAUUUAUUGUGGCUGAUUCAUACAUCGUUUGGAGUUUUUCAAUCGUUGGUCUUUAUGGUGUAAUGAGGGAGAAACCCGUCUUGCAGAUAAUUUACUUGGUGGUGGAGUCGCUGAAUUGGGUAUUUUUUACACUCUUAAUUUUUGUAGUGCCAAUUAUUCUCUAUAACGAUAACGGGCUGUUAUCUGGCUUUGGCGUUGUCUAUGUCUACACAAUAUGGAUCGAAUUUAUAUUAGGCAUCUUCUUUAGUGUCUCUUUCGUCAAAUUCAAUGUCGUGCUGAGCUAUUACAAGGAAUGCCGAUCAAAACCUCCAGUUCUGGACACUGAAUUAUCGCCUUUGAAUUGAACUACAUUCUAGAUCUUCGGUACAUGUUUGUUACUUACAAUUUACGAGUACAUACAUUGAAUUUUGAUUAUUGUACCUACAUUCAUUCAUACGAUUGAAAAAAAAAUAAGAUUUCGUUCUCAUCA